AUGGAAGGGUUUGUACACAGGAUUUGGGGGAAAUUGGGGGUGGACAAGGUUGCUAUGAUUGGGAAGGGUAUUUUCAUUGUCCGAUUCCUCACCAUGGAAAACUGCCAAAAGGUCUUAAAUGGGAAUGCUCAAUUUUUUGAUAAGAAACCCCUCAUUAUCAAACCUUGGUCAGCUGAGGUGAAUUAUGCCAAGGAUCCAGUGAAACAAGUUCCAAUCUGGAUUAAGUUGCCUGGUUUAGAUGUGAAAUACUGGGGGGAAAAGAGUAUGUUUAAGAUAGCUGGUCAAGUGGGGAAAGCAAUUAGAGUUGAUCAGGCUACAAUAAAUAGGGACAAAUUGAUGUUUGCAAAGGUGUUGGUUGAGGUGAACCUUGGUCAAACCUGCCCCAAAUUAAUUCAGUUUGUCAAUGAGAAAGGAGAUCUUGUGGACCAACCUGUGGAGUAUGAUUGGUUACCUACCAUUUGCUCCCACUGCAAGGGGUUGGGUCAUGAGAGUAGGGUGUGCUCUAAACUACAGAAACCACCGCAGAGGAAGGAAUGGAGACCUAAAACUGUCCAACAAGUGAAGGAGCCUUCUCUAAUUCCAACUGGUGGGGUGCAGCCAACUGUUGGAGAGGUUCAGGUUCCUACAGUGGGACACAUGGUGGGGAGUGGGAGGAAUAAAGAUGGUUUUGUCCAAGCUACCUCCUUCAGUAGACAACAUGGGCAACAACUCAGACCUGUAAUUACAAAGAACAGUUUCCAUGCUCUCAACUUGGAAGAUACAGAUGGAUUUGAUCCUAUAGGGGAUGUAGCUGGUCUGUUGGAUCAGGGCCUUCUUGAAACCAAGGUUAAGGCAUCCAAAUUGGAUGACUUAUAUCUUGGGGUGUGCCCUGGGUGGAACUUCACAACUAAUAUCAGUUGUUCCACUUCAAGUAGGAUUGUGUUAGCUUGGGAUCCUAACUCUUUUACACUGAAUAUCUUGUCAAUGAGCAGUCAACUCAUUCACUGCUUCAUCACUCCAAGAAGCACAUGUGUGGGGUUUCUUGGUACUUUCAUCUAUGGCAUGAAUACUAAGGAGGAUAGAGUGCCUUUAUGGAACUCUCUCACUCAAAUUUCAGACAACUGUACCCAACCAUGGAUCAUCAUGGGGGAUUUUAAUGCUCUAAUGGAUGUUGAGGAUAGAGUGGGUGCCCCUGUCAGAAUUAGGGAAAUUCAAGCUAUGAGAGCUUGUAUGAAUCACUGCAACUUCUCCACCAUCAAAACAGUGGGGAGACAAUUUACUUGGAAUAACAAACAAGUGGGGGAGGACAGAGUGCUGUCUAGAAUUGAUAGAGUGUUGGCUAAUGCUAGCUGGACUGACAUGUUUCCUGAUGUAGAGGCUAACUUCUUACCAGAAGGCCUAUUUAAUCAUAGCCCUAUGAUUCUCAAGGGAUAUAGAAGAGCCAACUCCAAGAAACCUUUCAGGUUUUACAAUAUGUGGACCUGUGAAGACAGUUUCAUGGGUUUGGUUCAAGGAGUUUGGAAUAAACAGGUUCAUGGUUGCCACAUGUACAGAUUACAACAAAGGCUGAAAUGGCUUAAAGUUGAACUGAAAUCUUUGAAUAAAGCUGGUUUUAGCAAUGUAGAAGCUGAAGAUGUGAAAACUUAUGCAGUUCUAUUAGAAAAACAAGCUAUUCUCCACCAACUCCCUGGUGACUUCAUAGCUGCAACUCAAGAGAAACAAGCUGCAGAAGAGUAUAGGAUUGCACACCAAGUGUAUCUAUCCUUUUUGCAGCAGACUGCUAAACUUCAAUGGCUGGAAAAGGGAGAUGAGAACACCAAAUUGUUUCAUCAAAGUAUUAAGCACAGGAGACAUCAUAACUCAAUUCAUUCAAUCCAUGAUAUGAAUGGGAACUGGACAGAUACCCCUGAUGGAGUUAAAAGGGCUUUUACUCAAUUCUAUGCAACCUUGUUUUGCAACAAGAUGCACCAGAGAACUCCUGUGAACUCUUUGAUUAUGGAUAGGUGGCCAAGGCUAACUAAUGCUCAUAGAAGUCUGUUGGUAUGCAACUUCACCCUAGAGGAGAUCAAAAGUGCCUUAUGGUCAAUUCCUGAUCAUAAAGCACCUGGUAUGGAUGGCUACAACAGCCAAUUCUUCAAAUCUGCUUGGCACAUCAUCAAGAAUGACCUACAUAACGCUAUCAAUGAUUUCUUCACCACUGGAAAAAUCCUCAAAGAAAUCAAUGUAACUUCUAUCACUUUGAUCCCAAAGAUUUCUGUUCCUGCUUCAGUGAGUGACUUUAGACCCAUUGCUUGUUGCAAUGUUAUUUAUAAAUGCAUCACUAAACUCAUCUGCAGCAGGCUUAGCAAGGUACUCCCUGCAAUUGUCUCUCCCAAUCAAGGAGCCUUUGUUACUGGAAGAUCCAUUCUCCACAAUGUCCUCAUUUGCCAGGAUUUGAUCAAAAUGUACAAUCAAUCUCAAACAUGUCACUGCUGCUUGUUGAAAGUAGACAUCAGGAAAGCUUAUGACACAGUUGAAUGGGGCUUUAUUGAAGAAGUUAUGGUGGAGUUAGGGUUUCCCCCCUUUUUUGUUCAGCUCAUCAUGACUUGUUUGUCAACCACAAGGUACUCAAUUCUCAUCAAUGGUGAGCCUACUGAGCUAAUCCAACCCCAGAGAGGUUUGAGACAGGGUGACCCUUUGUCCCCUUUACUUUUCACUCUGUGUAUGGACUAUUUCUCCAGGUCCAUGAAAGUAGUGGGUGAAUGCCCCCAGUUCAGAUUUCACACCAGAUGCAGAACACUUCAGUUGAAUCAUCUGUGCUUUGCUGAUGAUUUACUAAUGUUCUGCAAGGGUGAGCUUCACUCAGUUGCAUUGCUGCUUGAGGGGUUCAAAGUUUUCUCAGAUACCACUAGCCUGCAGGCAAACCCCAGUAAAUCCUCAGUUUAUUGCUGUGGAAUUGUGGAGCACACUAAACUGAACAUUGGCACAAUCAGUGGUUUCACGUUUGGUACUCUUCCUUUUAGGUACCUUGGUGUUCCAAUUAGCACCAGGAAGCUCCAAGCUGUCUGCAGAGCUUUUUUGUGGUUUGGCACUUAUGAUGAUAGCAGGCCUGGUCCUGUCUCUUGGAACAAUCUUUGUGGUUCAAAAACUCAAGGUGGGCUAGGUUUCAGGAAUCUGGCUUGGUGGAACCAAGCUGCAGUUGGAAAGCUGGCAUGGGCUAUUGCUCAAAAACAGGAUAACCUAUGGGUUAAGUGGGUGCAUGCUGUUUAUGUUAAGCAAAAAGAUUGGCUGGUGUAUAGACCCUCUGUAGCUGCAAGUUGGGCUAUAAAGUACAUUUGCAAGGUAAAGCAAGACUGCUCAAAUAGACUUCAUUCCACUAGCUGGUUAACUGAUCAGAAGUAUUCUAUUGGGGUCAUUUAUCAACAGCUGUGUGAUAUGGCUCCAAAGGUCCAUUGGCAUUCUUAUGUGUGGAAUAGAUUUACCCUUCCUAAACACAGAAUAACUCUAUGGAUAGCACUUCAAGACAGACUCAAGACCAGGGAUAGACUUCAUACCUAUGGUGUCAUCAAUGAUGAUCAAUGUGCUCUAUGUGGCUUAAGUACAGAAACUUGUACACACUUGUUUUUCUCCUGUAACUACAGUAAAGAGUGUUGUUCUUUGGUUUUACAGUGGUUGGGGUUUCACAACUCUAGGACUCAACUGUCUGUUUUGCUGAAAUGGCUCCACAAGUACUGUAAGAACCCUUUCAAUAGGAGAGUUGCUUAUGCUGCAGUGGCCAGCAUUGUGUAUCAGAUAUGGAGAGCAAGAAAUCUGGCUAUUUGGGAACAGACAGUUCCUUCUAUUGCCAACACUGUGAAAUGCAUUCAGUAUACUGUUAAGCACAGGAUCUUAAGUAUCCUUAGUCAGAAAGUUAAAACUAGAGAUAGGGAGUGGCUUCAUUCUCUGUAA